AUGGAUGCAGGAAAUCAUUCUUCAGUAACUGAGUUUAUCCUUGAGGGGUUAACAGAUGAGCCAGUGCUCCAACUUCCCCUCUUUUUCCUGUUCCUCUUGAUCUACAUCCUCUCCAUGGCAGGAAACUUGGGUUUGGUUAUUUUAAUCAGGAUCAGUUCUCCACUUCAUACCCCAAUGUAUUAUUUUCUCAGCAAUUUGUCCUUCAUAGAUCUCUGCUACUCUUCUGUCAUAAUCCCCAAGAUGUUGGUGAACUUUGUGUCAAAGAAGAAUUUCACCUACUUUCCUGAGUGUAUGACCCAGCUGUUUUUCUUCUGCUUCUUUGGUACUGAUGAUUCUUACAUGCUAACCGCUAUGGCAUAUGAUCGUUAUGUUGCCAUCUGUAACCCCUUGCUCUACAAUGUCACCAUGUCUCACAGAGUCUGUUUCCUACUUGUCACUGGUGUGUACACAGUGGGUGCUAUGGGGGCUUUGGUCCACACCAGCUACAUAUCUAGUCGUUCCUUCUGUGGCACCAAUGUUAUCCACCAUUACUUCUGUGACAUCCUUCCUCUCCUGAAUAUCUCUUGUCUAAGAGACUACACCAAAGAGCUUUUGGUUAUGAUUGUGGUUUCAUUCAAUGUAUUCUCAUGUGCUAUAGCCAUCUUAAUCUCUUAUGUCUUCAUCCUUUCCAGCAUCUUACACAUCUGCUCAGCUGAAGGCAGAUCCAAAGCUUUCAGUACCUGCAGCUCUCACCUUGCAACUGUUGGGGUCUUUUAUGGCUCCAUUAUUUUCCUGUAUUUCAAACCAACAUCUGUCAGUAACACAACCCAGGAGAAAGUGGCCUCUGUGUUUUAUACCACAGUGAUUCCUAUGCUCAAUCCCCUGAUUUAUAGCCUUAGGAACAAGGAUGUUAAAGAAGCCCUAAAAAUUAUUCUGAAUGGUGGACUACUUUCCAGGUCUGUGUAG